CCCACCUCCCCGCCUCAACAUCCUCCCUUUAUUCCGGGCUUUUUGUUUGUUUUUUGUCCUGACACAAAACAAAAACUCCUCCGGGGACUGCUGCGGCGGAGGCGAGUGUAAGAGGCAGAGCGGUGAUGACAGAGGAGAGGUGUCCCAAAGUGGAGCAGUAUGUUGGUGAAAUUAAAGGUGGCCUGAGACCAGCCAUGAAACUCACAGUCAUAGGAGUGGUACACUCCAACCCCAAGAGCUUUUCAGUGACUCUGCUCUGUGAUCCAGUGGAUGCAAGCAAAGAUGUUGGGCUGUUAUUUACUGUUAACUUCAGUGACAAAUCCAUCACCCGAAAUGCACGGAUUGCUGGAAAAUGGGGAAGAGAAGAGAAGACAAUUCCCUACUUCCCAUUUACAGCAGGCGAUACAUUUAAGAUGGAGCUCUUAUGUGAACACCAGCAAAUACGAGUCUUGCUUGAUGGGCGGCAGCUCUGUGACUUCACUCACCGCAUUCAGCCCCUGAACUUGGUGAAAGCUUUGCAGAUCACCGGCGACAUCAAGCUUACCAAAGUGGCUUGAAAAAAAGGAGACCACAAUAUCACCAGAAGACAGAGGCAAAUGUAGCAUUCUUGUGAAUUCAACAGCUGGAUUUCACAGUCUUCUCUGGACCAGCCCUAGGAAAUGGUAUCUGUAGCUGAAACUCCAUUGCCCAUUCUUGUAUCUAAUUAAAACUGCAUCUUUGCUGGCAAACUUUUUUACCAGCUCUGUUAAGUAUUUGAAUGCACGAGAGCAUUGUGCUGUUAUUUCAUUGCUGUAGAUUUAGAAAGAAGUCCUUAAUACGUGGCUAUUCUAAUACAUAUAUAAGCAUAUAUCAUA